CGCGCAGAACUCGUAGCUCCACCCUGCGGUUAUGUCACACAAACUAGCCAACCACUGUGGUUGCUGGUCCCCGCGCCGAGAGCACUCAGCCCAAUUACAAUAAAGACGACAUGGCCAGUCCCGCCCCAGCCGUGAAACAUGGCGGAAAAUUCAAACGGUGCGCGAGGUUGCUUCGUGCCAUGUCUUUCCUCAGAAUCCGACCUCCAGGAGAUCUGCCGAGCGGAGCGCGUCUGCUGCACGACCCUCCGCGUCACCCGCAAGAACAUCUGCAAUUUUGAGGUGGAAUACCUGUGUGACUACAAGAGAGUGCAGGAGGAAGAGCUGUACCUGGUGAAGUGGAAAGGUUACCCUGAUUCCGAGUGCUCCUGGGAGCCACGUCAUCACCUCAAGUGCUACAACCUACUGAAACAGUUUCACCGGGACUUAGAGCGGGAGCUUCUCCGGAGACUGGAGGCCGCGGGUGGCUCCGGGAGUAAAAAGACAGUCGUCCGUUGCCCGCGCAGGCUGGACCCGAGCCUUUCCCAUUAUCUGGUUCUGAAAGCCAAGCAGCGCCGGCGUUUACGGCAGUGGGAACAGCAGCUCAAUGCGAAACGAUCCCACCCCGGCCUCAUCCUCGUGGAGAAUGAGGUGGACCUGGAGGGCCCUCCCAGGGACUUUGUGUACAUCAACGAGUACAGGGUGGGUGAGGGGGUGACGCUCAGCCAGUUUGCGGUGGGCUGCAAGUGCAAAGACUGCUUGACGGAUGAAGGAGGCUGCUGUCCAGGCGCCUUCCAGCACAAGUUUGCCUACAACGACCAGGGGCAGGUGAAGUUGCGAGCAGGCUAUCCGAUUUACGAGUGCAACUCUUACUGCCGAUGUGGCCCCUCCUGCCCGAACCGUGUGGUGCAAAAGGGUAUCCAGUAUAAACUGUGCAUCUUCAGGACAGCCAAUGGCAGGGGCUGGGGGGUACGAACUAUGGAGAAGAUCCGCAAGAAUAGCUUUGUCAUGGAGUACGUGGGAGAGAUAAUCACCUCAGACGAAGCGGAGCGAAGGGGCCACAUCUAUGACCGGCAGGGUGCCACCUACCUGUUUGACUUGGAUUACGUGGAGGACGUCUAUACCGUCGAUGCCGCUCAUUACGGGAACAUCUCGCACUUUGUAAACCACAGUUGUAACCCAAACCUACAAGUAUACAACGUCUUCAUCGACAACCUGGAUGAGCGGCUGCCUCGCAUCGCGUUCUUCUCCACACGCACCAUCCGCACGGGAGAGGAGCUUACGUUUGAUUAUAACAUGCAAGUGGACCCGGUGGAUAUGGAAAGCACAAAAAUGGAUUCUAACUUUGGCUUGGCCGGUUUGACCGGGUCUCCAAAAAAGAGAGUAAGAGUGGAGUGCAAGUGUGGGGCACAAAGCUGCCGUAAAUACCUCUUCUGACGGACAAGGGGGUGACUUCAUGUCAGGAAUUGGGACAUUAUCCGGGCCCCAGCUGCCAUGUCUGUUGGAUUUUAUACCUCCUAGGGGCCGUGGAGUGUUUACAGCCUACGCAGGAAUCCUGAAGGCGACGCUCUGGUUUCUUCCCCUGUUUUAUCAGUUAUUGGUGCUAUUCGUGUUUUUAACUCUUUUCUUACCUAAACCAACUAGUUCUUUCACUCCUCCUGUCAAAAUGAAGCGGGCUGCGAGCAGCCUCCACCGCUUCUGUUUUUAUAGCGUGAGGGUGAGCGGAGUGCUGAUGCUCUCUCAACCUCAUUUUUACUUAACUUACUGUAGGUGAGACGUGUGAGUCCGGCCGGCCGUUCUUGGGGCUGGCUGCAUGUACAAGAGACGUUUGAGCCGGACGCAGCAUUGGUGUACUCUGCUGGGGGUACGUAAGAGGCUGGACUCCACCGCAGUAUCUGCGGACCCUGCUGCGUGGGCAGUGCACGCUGCGUGGACAGGGAAGGGUGGUCCCUCUGGUCCUCUCUUCCUUACGCGUGAUCCGUGGGGGUUGUUUUAUUGAGUUUUUUUAUGCUGCAGGGGCUGAUUUUAUGUAAAUAUAUAAUUCUGUAAGCACCA